GAUAAGAUAGACGUGUAAGAAAAGGGGCUCAAGUUAUCAUGCGAUCGCAAUAUCUGCGAGGCAGCGGCAGGAAAAUGUAUUUCGGCCGAAUCGCUGUAAUCUUUUUUAUUAUAAGUAUAAGUGAGGCAAAGUCUGUCGCAAAAAGUUUGAAUAAAUGUCAAACGCUGCUGAGUGAUGAUUUAAUAAACGAGAUAGCAUCUUACAAAGAUGUUAAAGAAGAAAUAUUCAGAUACGUGACUGAGGGCGAUUUUAAAAGUAAAACCUACGAUGAAUUAGCUAAGUUUGUCGAUAAAUUUGGUGCUCGUCCAUCUGGAUCUCAAGUGCUAGAAGAUUCUAUAGAUUAUAUGAUUCAGAUAACCAAAGAUGAAGACAUAAAUGACAUAGUUACAGAAGAGCUUGAGGUACCACACUGGAUAAGAGAACAAGAAAAAAUUACUAUGUUGGAGCCAAGAUCUAAACAUGUUGCUGUAUUGGGAUUAGGUAAAAGCGUCAGCACACCACCUGAGGGCAUUACAGCUGAGGUCAUUGUAUUUUCUAAUUUUGAUCAACUUGCUGAGACCCCAAGACAAGAUAUAGAUGGUAAAAUUGUGUUGUUUGAUCCAAUAUUUACUACUUAUGCGGAAACAGUUGUAUAUAGAAGUCAAGGUGCUGUGAAAGCAGCAGAAAAAGGGGCCACUGCUUCCUUAGUAAGAUCCAUAGCGCCAUUUUCAAUUAAUACUCCACAUACCGGUUCUCAAUAUUACUCGGAUAGUGUGCCUAAAAUUCCAACAGCAGCUAUCACUCUAGAAGACGCUGAUUUAAUUAGACGAUUUUACGACAGAGGUGAAAAAGUUGUCCUGAAUAUCAAAAUGACUUCCUCGUAUGAAACGAAGAUUUCAAGAAAUACUAUUAUUGACUACAAAGGAAUUGAAAAUCCAGAAAAACUUGUAAUAGUGUCAGGCCAUAUCGAUAGUUGGGAUGUUGGUCAAGGUGCAAUGGAUGAUGGAGGUGGACUGUUCAUCAGCUGGGCGGCACCAGUUAUUCUAAAAAGGUUGAAUUUAAGACCCAAAAGGACAAUCAGAUCGAUAUUUUGGACAGCUGAAGAAUUAGGAUUGAUUGGAGCAUACGAUUAUGAAGAAAGACAUAGAAAUGAAAGCAAUAACAUUAAUUUUAUUAUGGAAUCUGAUGAAGGUACAUUUUCACCGUUAGGGUUGGUCGUUGCCGGAAAUGAAGAAGCCCGAUGCAUCAUUGCAGAAAUUUUAAAGCUAUUUGAAUCGAUUAAUGCUUCAACAUUGGUAGAAUCUGAUAGUCCAGGUUCGGAUAUAGCUGUCAUUGUCAAGACUGGUAUUCCUGGCGCAAGUCUACACAAUGCCAAUGAAAAAUAUUUCUGGUUCCACCAUACAGAAGGAGAUACUAUGAACGUAGAGAGUCCAGAAGAACUCGAUUUAUGUGCAGCUUUCUGGACAGCAGUUUCCUACAUCAUAGCAGAUAUAUCAAGUGAUAUUCCACGAUAGAUAUCCAAAACGCACAUCAAAUAAAUAUAUUAUAAAUUUUACAAACUAUAUAUUAUAUUUUUCAAUAUCGUCGAGUUUUUAAUAAAAAAAAGCAAUGUUA